UUGAAAAAAAACCCGCGAUUCAGUUGCCUUAAAGCGAAUGACGCGCUUGCUCCGUGCGUGGCUGUGAAUGUGGGGUGGGGGGCGUGUGUGUCUGCUGUGCCCCCGACUUUUGCACGGUUUUGAAGCGUGCAUUGCAGCGGGGAGAACAAUUUUUAUCGUGGGGAGAGGAGGAGGAGAAGGUGGAUUGUUAAUGUAAUGGGACGCCAAGGAUCCCAGGACGUGAUUCCCGAUUUCUAGUGUGGGGGAAGAACGGAGCCGCCCCCCCCCCCAACCCCAGAUUCCUGACUCGAUCCCUUUUUCUCGUCGGUCGCUCCGAUAGUUUUGGAAGUAAAAAAUGGAGGCAGAUCUGGAUAAACAGGCAGUGUCGAGACCUUCCUUUCUUUCAGCAGUUGAGCUGUCUCCAAGGACCGGACCUGUGGAUGCUAUGGAUGUUAAAAAAAAUCUAUACGGUGAUUUUUCUUCAACUUUCAAUACAAGCCAGAGAGAGAGCCUGGAAUCCAAAGAACGAAUUCACGUUUGUCUUCGAGUCAAACCAAUUUUAGAGUUGGAAAAAGAACAUGAUGCUGAGGGUUGUGUUUCUGUGGUUGACUCAACAAGUAUUAUAUUAAAAGCUCCUAAGGGCUCCAAGACAUUUCGUCUUAGUGAAAAAAACCUGCGGCAACUGGUGCAGAAAUUUACUUUUUCCCAGGUAUUUGGGCCCAAAACAACACAAGAAGAACUCUUCAAUGGUGCUGUGAAGCAGCCUAUGUUAGAUUUCCUAAGGGGACACAGUCGGCUAAUAUUCACUUACGGUGUUACAAAUGCUGGGAAAACCCACACCUACCGGGGUACCGAUGAAGAUAGAGGCAUUCUCCCCAGGAUUCUGGAUAUGGUAUUUCAAAGCAUUGGAGACAAGCUGCACCCAGACGCGAAUCUCAAACCCCAUCGAUGUAGAGAGUAUAAAAAUCUCUCCAAAGAAGAAGUGCGCGGAGAAAUAGCUCUAAAAAAUUCAUUGCUUCGCCUCCUGAAAGAGGUAGAUUGUCACAGCAACAGUAGUAGUAGAACAACAACAACAACAACAGAUAAUCGUGAAGAUAAGAAAGAAGCAGAAGCAGACCAGUCUGUCCUCGAAGAGCAGAGAAAUGUAAAAUAUUCCCUUUGGGUCUCUUUCUGUGAAAUUUACAACGAGUCCAUUCAUGACUUGUUGCUUCCAAUAUCUCAUGACAAGAGGAGAAAAAUGCUGCGCCUGGCUCAGGAUAUAAAAGGUUAUUCCUAUGUAAAAGAUCUACAAUGGGUUCACGUUUCAAACUCCCAAGAAGCUUAUAAACUUAUGAAAGUAGGCUUGAGACAUCAGAGCUAUGCUUCUACGAAGCUGAAUGCCAACUCAAGUCGAAGCCAUAGCAUAUUUACUGUGAAAAUGCUAAAAAUUGAUUCAGAGACCACGCGUGUGAUGAAAGUCAACGAGUUGUUCCUGUGUGAUCUCGCUGGCUCGGAGCGCUGCACGAGAACUUGCAACGAAGGGGAAAGAUUAAAAGAGAGUGGAAACAUUAACACAUCACUGCUUAUUCUAGGAAAAUGCAUCGGUGCCUUGAAAUCCAACCAACAGACGAAGCUGCAACAGCAUAUUCCUUUUCGAGAGAGCAAGCUCACCCACUUCUUUCAAGGUUUCUUCAGUGGGAAAGGAAAGGUUUGCAUGAUAGUUAACGUCAGCCAGAGUCCCUCUGCUUACGAUGAGACGCUCAACGUGCUCAAGUUCUCUGCAAUUGCUCAAAAGGUCAUGGUACUGGAUCCUGAGUCUCCCCUAUUAGAGAGAGUUGACCAUCGGUCCUUCAAAGCAGAAUCUGGAAGUAUCCUUGAUGACGGUGUCCAUUUACCCGCAAAAAGAGCAACCAUAUUUUGGGAGGGGACUCUGGAAGAUGUGAUGGAAGAUGAAGAAGAGCUGGUGGAACAGGGUACCGAAGAACACCUGGGGGAUUGUUUGGGAGAAGACACACAUGAAAAGGAAGCUGACCCAACCGAUGAGAUGGAAAGCCAACUCGAAGACGAAGAUAGUGAUAUCAUUCUCAAAAAAGAACAAUAUCAGAAGUUACUUGAUGUCAUAGAAGAAUUAAGGAAUAAGUUGAUAGAGGGGAAAAAAGCUGAGCUGUACAAGGAGCUCAAAAUCCGCGAAGAAGUUACUCAAGAAUGUUUCAAGUACUUCAGUGCAAAAGAGAGUGAUCUCAAGGAGAUCUAUACCUAUAAAGAAGAAAUAAUGGCGACCACGUGUGAGGAACGGAUGAACAUCUACAAGGACCUGUUGAAGGACUGUACCGCACCCCCAGAUGGCAAAGGAGGAGCAGAAGAUUCCCUACAAGAGGAUGAAAAAGCAGAAGGUGAAGAUGGAGAAGCUGGAAGCGCAGCUGAUUUUCCCAGUAUGGUGGGGUCACUGCAGCAGAACGUUGCUGAUAUCAAACAGCAGGCAGAGAUGGCGUUUGGGAUGCUGGAUGCUUUGGAAGAACCUCAACUCACCAUCGAGCAACUUCAAAAGCAGUUGGCUGACACUACAGCAAAACUCGCCCAGGCUCAAGAGGACCUUUUCAGCCGGCAUAAAGCAGCGGUAAUGCUAGAAGAUAAACUGACGGAAUCUACUAAAGUCCUUCAAGAUGCUACUGAGAAAAUGGCUCUACAGAACAAACACAUUGAGGAGCUGAGCCAAGCUGUGCAACAGAAGGACCGAGAUAUAAGUCAGCUGCAAACUCUGGUUGGUCACUUGGAAGCUACCCUAAAAGAUUCCGAGGUCGCCAUUGCGAAUAUAAAGCAGGAUAUGCAGCAGGAAAACAACAGUGAAUCCAAGGAGAAAAGCGUUGAAUCAAGAAGGAAACGAUAUUUAGAAAGGGAUGAAGAAGGGCCCCCUCCAAAGCAAGGAUUCAUUCGCCACAGUUCUAACAAUCCCGUAGUCUCCGAGGAAGCUGACGAAACGCAAUCCUGUCCUUCGAAGGGGAAGGGAGACACGGUGGCCUUGGAUGAGAAAAUCAAAAUGCUAGAAGUUCAGGGGGCCUCGCUUAGAGAGAAGUUGGAGAAAGAGGGAAACGAGAAGGAGGGAUUUUCCAGGGAAAUUGCUAGAUUGUCUCAAGCUCUUUCUUUAGAAAAGGAACGAGUUUCUGGCUUGAAUAGGGAGCUCCAGCGACAGCAGGCAAUUCAAGAGGAGGCAACACUUGAAUUAGCCGCGCUGAAAGAGAGAAAUAAAAGCCAGGAGGAAAAAAUUCAGAUUCUGCUUCAAGAGAUAGGUGCUGCUAGCCAAAUCUCUGUAGAAGAGAAAUCACAGGUAAAGACACUUGAUGCAGAAUUGGGUUUAUUGAACAGGUCAUGCCCUGUGGUAGAUGUUGACUUGGCAAAGCAAGAAAUUAUGUCAAGAGAUGAUGACCCUUUGCCAACUCGUGUUAAUGCUGAUCAAAAGAGCACAUUCCAUUGUAGCGUUGAAGGCAUCUGGAGAAUAAGCCAGCAGAUCAUCAACGCCUCGUCUCAAAAAAGCAGUUGCAUUUCAGACCUCAUGCAACAGAUUGAACAGUUGAAGAGGAAAACGUCCCAGGCCGAGGAGGAGAAUUCUCAGCUGACAUUGAAACUGAGCGAAACCAUAAGUCAGAGAGAUGCGUUUGCGCAGGAGAAGACGUCCCUCCUUAAUCAGCUGAGGGACCUGGAGCAGAAAAACGCUUUUUAUGCUGAAAAAUAUAAGGAAGGGGAAAACAGAGCCGUUGAGAGGAUAAAAACGAAUGAGGACUUAUUGGAAGAGUGUAGGGCAAAAGAUGCCAGAAUCGUUUCUUUAGAGAAAACGCUGAAAGAUAAAGAUUCGGCUAUUUUAGCGAUGAAACAAUCGGUUCGCGACGUGGAAGAGAAAUUUGGCAUUUCAGAAGCUAAAAUCGGACAAUUCAUGGAUCGGGAAUCACAACUGAAGGUGGAGGUUCUAGACUUGAAGAGAUUGAAUGAAGUUGAAAGAGAGAAGAGUGAAGAGUUGAAGCAAGUCACAAAAGGGUUGAAAGAAAAGCUAUCAAAGAGUACCAAUCUUUCUUCCCGUCUACAAGCAGAAAUCCAGCAGAAAGAUGAAGAACACGCAGACCUGAAGGAGAAGUUGGCUGAUACCAAAAAGCAGAUUGAACAGGUUCAAAGACAGGUGAGCAACAUGCGUGCUGAAGAGAAAUUGCUGCAGAGUAAAGUUAAUGAACUUGAGAAGGCCAAAGGACAGCUAACUCAAGAGCUGGAUCUCAAGCAGCGGACGAUCCAGCAAUUUAAGAAGGAUGAUCUAAGUAAGAAGCUGGAUGACCUUUUACAGCAGUACCAAAAAUCAUGUGAAGAUGUACGGUGCAAAGAGAAGAUCAUUGACGACAUGAGACUGACCUUAGAGGAACAAGAACGGACUCAGUCCGAACAAGAUCAAAUUCUUCAGGCCACCUUAGCAGAGAAUGAAAGGUGUACAGCAGAAUUGAAAGAAUGGGAGAGAAAACACCAAGAGCUGAAGGAGCAGAAGAAUGAUCUGGGGCCGCAAGACACCAAUGAAGGCUGGGCAAAGGACGCCGAGUUGCUUCAUGAACAAUUAAAACAAUUGCAAGGGAAGUUGGAGGAACGCAAAGGACAGCAUGAAACAGAUCGUAGGAAGUGGCUGGCAGAAAAGACGCACCUUAUAACUCAGGCGAAAGAAGCGGAAACUCUCCGUAACAAGGAGAUGAAAAAAUUUGCUGGAGAUAAAGAAUAUUAUGCCAAGCAACUCACAGAAGCAGAAAAACAGGUGGCAGAAAAGAACCACGACCUUCAGAGAUGGCGGGUAGAAAGAGACCAGUUGGUGGCGGCUCUGGAAGUUCAGCUGAGUUCUCUAAUCUCAAGUAACGUGCAGAAAGAUAAAGAAAUGGAAGAAUUGAAAAAGACGAUACCGCAAUCUUCUGGGAAGGAGCACAAAAUUAUUGCUGAAGAAUUGCGAGAUGAUGAUUCCAAGGAACUAACUAAGAUUGGAUAUGAGAAUAUUUCCUCUGCAGAAAAAGCUCGGGUGGAAGAGGCCAGUGACUCUAAGCCGAUGCAGCUUAAAGAUAAACAAACUAACUUGUCAAAUGGCUCAUUACAGCCGAAGUCUAACAAGGUAUCUUCAGAAGGUAAUAUUCAGGACCAACCAGAUGCUGUCUUAGAUUCUUAUGAAGUGUCUUCUGAGAGUGAAAAAACUAGCCGCUUUCCAAAAUCUGAAAUGGAAAUUCAGUUUUCACCUUUGCAGCCCAAUAAGAUGGAAAUAAAGCAUCAAGGGAUCCCUUCCACUGUGACUCUUAAGGUGCCCCGGACAAGAAAAAGGAAGAGCUGCACUAUGGAUGAGGACUCCUUGAAAAAUGAAAAUGAAAAGAAUGUAAAAUUAACAGCUAAUACGAAUGUGUGGUCUGAUUCAUUAAGGAGACAAGGAAAAAAGACCUCUCCUCCUGACGUCGUUCUCAGGAAUAAUUAUUCCUUAAGAAAUAAACAUGCAUCAAAUAUACAAUCCACAGCAUCCCCAGGUGGAACCCUAUACAAAUUUGGCAAUCUCUUGCAGAAUUCCCCUGCAAUCAUACAGACAAAAGCAAAGAAGCUGAUGGCGACAAUGAAAUCUCCCAAAUCUACUGAUGAAGAGACUGUUAAGAAAAAUGAUGAAAAACCCAAAAAAGCUAAGCGGAAGCUGCACUCAACUAAUAUUUCUACUCCGGUUGAAUUUUCUGGGCCUGUAAUCUUUGAGGAUCAAAAGGAAACUGAUCACGAAAUCAUCAAACGGCGGCUCCGGAUGAAAAAAAAAUAGCAAUAUUCUUUUCCUGGAUAGUCAUGUAUAGAAUUGUUUUAUAUAUCUUAUCAAUGCUGUAACUGCUACUUUUCAAAAUUUCUGGUGUAGAUUUUGUUGAUAUUGCUGUACAAAUGAGGGAAGGGAAAUUAAAAUAUGUUGAAGAGUC